GAGGGGAAUUGAGAAAAAGGAGAGAAACAGCGUGAUGCCGGAGAAGGAGAAGGAGAAGGAGAAGGAGAUGGGAGAGGUGAUGGAGGUGGCCUCCAGCGUUCACUUCAGCGGCCUCCGCCUCGACUCUCUCCUCCUGUCUUCGUCCGCCCCUUCAUCGCCUUCGUCCGUCAAGGGAUCCCUCCUCCGAUCUACCGGGUAUUCUGCCUUCGCGCCAACCGACGACGCGGAUGCAGCUUCCCCGAGGCAGCCCUUUGUCAUCGGGGUUUGCGGAGGUACGGCUUCGGGGAAAACCACGGUCUGCGAGAUGAUCAUACUGCAGCUUCGCGAUCAUCGUGUUGUUCUAGUGAAUCAGGAUUCAUUUUAUCGCGGGCUAACUGCUGAAGAAUCUAAGCAUGCCCAGGACUACAAUUUUGAUCAUCCUGAUGCCUUUGAUACUGAAAAACUUCUAGAGUGCAUGAAAAAACUAAAGAGUGGCUAUUCUGUUAAUGUUCCCAUUUAUGAUUUUAAGAACCACCGGCGUUGCUCUGAAGACUUCAGGAAGGUAAAUGCAUCAGAUGUCAUUAUUUUGGAGGGUAUCCUUGUUUUUCAUGAUUCUCAAGUCCGUGACAUGAUGGACAUGAAGAUAUUUGUUGACACAGAUGCUGAUACAAGGCUUGCUAGAAGAAUAAGGCGUGAUACUGUUGAGAGAGGCAGAGAUGUGAACUCAGUUCUUGAGCAGUACCGGAAGUUUGUUAAGCCUUCGUUUGAUGAUUUUGUUCUACCAUCAAAGAAAUAUGCUGAUGUCAUUAUACCACGUGGAGGUGAUAAUGCUGUUGCAAUAGAUCUCAUUGUACAGCACAUCCGAACAAAGCUUGGUCUACAUGAUUUGUGCAAAAUCUAUUCUAAAGUAUUUGUUAUUCAGUCAACAUUCCAGAUACGAGGAAUGCAUACACUUAUUCGUGAUAAGGACAUAGAAACACCUGAUUUUGUCUUCUACUCAGAUCGGCUAAUAAGACUGGUUGUCGAGCAUGGUCUUGGUCAUUUGCCAUUUACUGAGAAGCAAGUGAUCACACCAACAGGAUCCGUGUACACAGGAGUUAACUUCAGCAAGAAACUUUGUGGAGUGUCUAUUGUGCGAAGUGGUGAAAGCAUGGAGAAUGCACUGCGGGCAUGUUGCAAAGGAGUAAAGAUUGGUAAAAUUCUCAUCCAUCGUGAUGGAGACAAUGGAAAACAGCUAAUAUAUGAGAAGCUUCCAAAGGACAUUCAUGACCGUCAUGUGCUACUUUUAGAUCCUGUUCUUGCUACAGGUAAUUCAGCAAGCCAAGCCAUAGAACUCCUCAUACAGAAAGGAGUUCCCGAGAAACAAAUAAUUUUCCUCAACCUGAUAUCGGCACCUGAGGGAAUUCACUGCAUCUGCAAACGAUUUCCUUCGUUGAAGAUCGUCACCUCUGAGAUUGAUGCUUCUCUAAACGAAGAUUAUCGAGUUAUUCCAGGGUUAGGCGAGUUUGGCGAUCGCUAUUUUGGCACUGACAGAUGAAUAGAUCCACAUACGAUUCUUUUUGCUUCAUUUUGAUAGAAGUGCAUAAUUUAUUUAUUAUUUUUUCUAUGAGCAAUUCAUUUUUCAAUGUAGACAAUGCUACAACAGACAGUUACAUAUUCCUGUUUUUUGAAAUCUAUUCUUAUUUGUGUUUUAUAUGAUUACAGAGAAAUUUUAAUGUGCA